UGCUGUUUGGUUCUAAUACAGGAUAUGAUAGUUCUUAUAGACAGAAAGGUAUAAAUGAAUGGUGUUUUGUGUAUCAGCAGUUAUGUUAACCAGUUAUGUUAUGUCUGCUGGAGACUUGUAUCAACAUAUCAGGAUUAAUUUCAGGCAGGAUUCUGUUUCAAGGUGUCACAAGUUUUCAGGACAGUGAAAGUGAAAGCAGAGAUUGUAAAUCAGGCAAACGUGUAGAACAACAAAAAAAACUAUUAGAGAAAAUGGCCUCUGUGUCUUUCUCAGAAGAGGAUUUGUCCUGUCCUGUGUGCUGUGAAAUCUUUAAGGAUCCAGUUAUUAUGACCUGCACUCACAGCAUUUGUAAAGGCUGUCUGCAGCGGUUCUGGGAAACCAAAGGAUCCAGGGAGUGUCCAGUAUGCAGGAGAAGAUCCUCCAAACAUGAGCCUCCGCUUAACCUGCAUCUGAAGAACCUGUGUGAGACCUUCCUACAGGAGAGUAAGAAAAGGGAACCAUUCUGCAGUCUGCACCGUUCAGAACUCAAGCUAUACUGUGAAGAUGACAAACAGCUUGUGUGUUUGGUGUGUCGAGACUCAAAACUGCACAAAACCCACAACUUCAGUCCCAUCGAUGAAGCAGCACUUGAGCGCAAGGAAGAACUGAAGGUCAAACUGCAGCCCAUACAGAAGAAGCUGGACGCCUUUCAAAAGGCUAAAGAAUCCUGUGAUGAAACUGCCCAACACAUUACAGUCCAGGCUCAACACACAGAGAGGCAGAUCGAGCAGGAAUUUGAGAAGCUUCACCAGUUUCUACGAGAUGAAGAGGCAGCCAGGAUAGCUACACUGAGGGAGGAAGAGGAGCAGAAGAGUCAGAUGAUGAAGGAGAAGAUUGAGAAGAUGAACAGAGAGAUCUCAUCUCUUUCAGACACAAUCAGAGCCAUAGAGAAGGAGAUGGGAGCUGAUGACAUCUCAUUUCUACAGAACUACAAGAGCACGGUGGAAAGAGCCAAGUGCACACUGCAGGAUCCAGAGAGGGUUUCAGGAGCUCUGAUUGAUGUGGCAAAACAUCUGGGCAACCUGAAGUUCAGAGUCUGGGAGAAGAUGCAGGAUAUUGUUCAGUACACUCCUGUGAUUCUGGAUCCCAACACUGCAAACCCAGCACUCAGCCUGUCUGAGGAUCUGACCAGUGUGACACACAGUGGGAGGCAGAAGCUUCCUGAUAACCCAGAGAGAUUUGAUUUGGGUCUCCUUCCCUGUGUCCUGGGCUCUGAGGGCUUUAACUCAGGAACUCACUGCUGGGAUGUGGAGGUUGGAGACGGUGAAUUCUGGAUCCUGGGAGUGAAGACGGAGUCUGGGGAGAGGAAGGGAUUGAAUUCCUUUAGUAGUGGAGUCUGGGGUGUGCGUCAUUAUGUUGGUGAAUACACAGCACGCUCCCCAUCCCAGCUAAACACCCCUAUCACAGUGAAGCAGAACCCCCAGAGGAUCAGAGUCCAGCUGGACUGGGACAGAGGAAAACUCUCAUUCUCUAACACUGAUAAUAACAUACACUUACACACUUUCACACACACUUUCACUCAGAAACUGUUUCCAUUCUUUUUCAUGACCUCAUCUCUGCGUAUUUUACCAGUGAAGACUGCAGUAUCAGUAGAGCAGCUCAGGUAGAGUUCACACACCUGCUGCACUAUCAGCUCAGGUAGAGUUCACACACCUGCUGCAGUAUCAGCUCAGGUAGAGUUCACACACCUGCUGCACUAUCAGCUCAGGUAGAGUUCACACAUCUGCUGCAGUAUCAGCUCAGGUAGAGUUCACACACUUGCUGCACUAUUAGCUCAGGUUGUUGCACAUUUUUCACGUUUUGUGUGUGUGUGUGAAAGCAGGUCCAGCCAAUUGCCAAUCAGGACGUCACGCGGGAGUCGCAAUCAGAGCCGUCAAUUUGCGCAUAAAGGUGACCUGGACUUGUGUGCGGCCUGUUGGGUGCGCAAAUGCUGAAGUGCCAGUGCGAGAGGCUGCGCAAGUGAAGCCAAAGACGAGACCAUGCCACAGCAGCACGCUAGUUCAAACAAUCAUGCCAAAUAAUAUAGCCUUUUUCUUGUUUUUCUCUUUUUGUAUAUAGUUCGAAAAUAAAUCUUUUGAAGAGCAUUUUUCUUGUCCGCAAUUGAAAAUUCCACUACAGAGGUAGAGUUCACACAUCUGCUGCAGGAAAGAAGUGCUGAACUCUCUUUUUUUAAAUACUCUCAAACAUAUUACCACUAUGUUUCAUUUGAAGUUAUGGUGGUUCUGGUAUUGUUUAUUUACUUUUUUUCUUAUUAUUUUCAUUGAUAGUUGGCAAUAAUAAUAGAGAAUCCAGAUGUUGGCAACAGAUGAGAUGGGACAGGAACUCAUCUACAUCACUGGAGUUUUCAUGUGAACUCUACUUUACUGGACACCUGAUAAUGUGGAUCAGACCCCACAACUCACCUGGCCUCUCUCUCUCUCUCUCUCUCUUUCUCUCUCUAUCUCUGCUGAUUCUUGAGCUUUUGAUUAAACAUGUCUGUCUGUGUACUGUCCUUGUUGCUUUUACAAAAGGAAUGCAGUAAGUG